CGGCUUCCAGGUCCCACAUCCUGGUACUUUGCUGAGCAGCAGCUCCAGGCUGAGCUCCGCUCCCAGCGCUGCUGCUGGAACUCGGCCCGGUUCCGUCCAAACAAUCGGCCGCCUAAAGAGUCCCGGAAGCGGGCUGCAGCUGGGAGGAGGCAGGGGUGCAUGUUUGAGCUCUGCUCCCGCUGCUCUCCAGCCUCUCAGACCGUGAGGACAACAGGCGGAAGAUGUUGUCCAUUGUGCUGCUGAGGAGGACCGGACUCGCCGCGCAGAGGAGCCGCCGUGUUUCACACUGAGGGUACUCCUUACAUGCAGUGCAAUGCCAUCUGCUCAGCAGCAUCACAUAGGAGAAAACUAUGGAGUUAACGACCAGGAAUCUGCACUGAAGAACUCGACUGAUUCAUUGUGACAAAGAAUAAAAAUGCUAUUGGACAAGAACUAAUGGGUUGUCCAAGCUAACGAUAGCAUGCCCUCGCAGAAAGGUAAAGGUUGUCCAGUAUCUCAGCGCUGCCAGGCAGCCUCUAAAUCGGAUGAUGCCACACUUGCUCAGAAGAGGGUAUAUUGGAGAAACAAGAAAAGAGAGCAGCGGGCUCGUCUGUCUGAAAAGAGAAGUAAGUCAACACAAGAUGGCCAAGCGGAACAUCAAGCAUACGUGUAUGUUUCUCCGGGGGUUAAUGCCAGGUUGUCCGACCGCUUGGCUUCGUCCUCAUUAAGUAAAGAUGUCUCAUAUAGUUAUUUAUCAAAGAGUGGGAAGACGGGUGAACAAAGUCCGACAAAGCCCCCUGAAUAUCAGGAGUGGAGUCAGACAAUGACAGUCAGCAAGGUCUUGCAGCCAACACACAGCUCCGUCUCAGCUAGGGCAGCCGAUGGGGUCACAGUAAAAUAUCCAGGCUUGGCCAAAAGCUGUGGAAGCCAACUGAACACCAGUUUAUCAGUGCCUCAAGUCAGAGUAACCCGUAUAACCAGCAACUGCUCCACAAAAACAGAACCCAAGCCAUGUGGAUCUAUGCAGAGUUCAUCUGAGGCAGAAGUUAAAUUGAAUGUGCCCAAGGUCUCACUUAUUGGUGUAACCGCAGAUACAAUGCAUGGGUCUUCAAAUUGUCCAGUUUUUGGUGAGACAGCGGUUCAAAGAGCACACGCAACACCUCAAAGCGGAACAAAGAGUGCCUUGGUCACUAAUAAAAGGGCUUCAGGUUUUGGCAUGACACCAGUCGCCAUGGAGUCUGAGGAGGAAAGAGCCGCCAAACGAAGAGAGCAAUGGAGAAUCAAAAAACGAGAACAGAGAGCAAAGCUAGCUAAAGCCAGAGAAAGGCCACAAAGCAGAGAUAGGACUUUUCAAGGGCUCACGGCACAAAAGACAAGAGUUGUGGCCAACUCUGCUCUACUUACGUCUCAGUCGUACUUUGGAAGCACAGGGCCGAAGCAUUCUGCUGUUCAGGUCAAAGUGCCAUAUACAGCUCCCAGAUUGGAGGCUGACAAACUGCGCAGUAGGUUACAUGUAACUAACCUACAAACUAAUCUAAAAAAAGAACAGAGUCCACAACAGCAUACAAUGGAAAACACAGCCAUUGCAACAUUUGAUGUGACCCAAGUGAAGACGUCUCCAGAAUCACAGAGAAAACCAAUUCACUUCCAUCAUCGUUCUAACAUUAGCCAAGGGAUUGCCUCAUGUAAAAUGCCUAGACAAAGGUCAGCUGAAACACACAAGAGCUUCCUGAAUCAGAGAAACUUAAAAAGUAAACCUCCUUCAACAGCUGCAAUGUUUAGGACCAGAGCAAUGCCCAAAAUGGACCCGAAUGACACACCAGAGCAAAUCCUAGCCAAGCGGAGAGAGUAUUGGCGGAACAAGAAGCGUGAACAGCGAGCCAAGCUCUCACUGGAGAAAAAGAUUCGCCUGAAGGAGAAGGACUCUUUAAUGCGGCGAGUAAAGCGUUACCAGCAAAUCCUUGAAGAGAUGAGAAAGGCAAGAGCCCUGGUCCAGUCAACGGAGAGGGUCCCUUUGCUAGCAAACGAGGCAAUCGGGGGGUUUAUUGAGGAGGAUGGGACUCUGACGGUAAACAUACCUCAGAGUCAAGAAGAAAAGCUCCAUGCCCUUUCCAAGACUUCCAACUGGGGAGGCGUUUCACCCAGCAGGGUUAAUCCACUCUCACUUCCAGCUCUCUCAUCUCAGGGCAAACUUGGUUUUUCUCCUGCUGUUCAGACAUUCAAUAAAACCUCUAAACGUCUUAAUGUCAAAACAUGGUCGGACAUUGCCAUAACAGCAAGUUCUGGUUCAAAGUCAAGAAAAAGUUCCCAGCAGCUCACACUGACUCAUUUCCAAUCUCCUCACAAUGAACCCUCAUCCGCUGGUUCAAAGUUUGGUGGCUGUGUAAUGAAGAUGAAUAUCUCCAACCAUAAACAGUCACUUUCAGCACUGUCUGGAGGCACAAAGCUGACAGAAGAGGAAAGGACGGCAAAAAAGAGAGAGUACUGGAGGACAAAGAAACGUGAGCAGCGAGCGGCUCGGGCUUUCCGACUGAAGCAAAGUGUCUUCCAAGCAAGGAGCACUGUAGCCUUACUUAGGAGAAAGGCUCAGACCCCAGAAUCCCCUAAAACUGAGCGGCUUAGCACCAAUCUUGCCACCUGUGAAGAAAAAGAACAUUUUCCCAACAACACUGUGCCUGACAUACUUUAUGCAAAUGAGAUAAAACAAGAGGACGAGUCUGCUCCUGCAAGCGACCUGAAUUCUCUUCCAGUUCAAGCCAUCUGUCCAGACAUCAAACUCCCAACCACGUCACCUGCGCCUCCAGUGCCACAGCUGGAGUCGGAGCCUCAGCCAUCUCUAAACGCAGAUAGCCAAGCGACCACUCUGCUGGUGGUAGCCUCGAUGAAAAAACUACUGGAGGAAUCCCUUAGCACAGUUUCUGAGAGUCAAACCCAAGAGGCUGGAGGGGCCUUUGAAGCAGCCAGAGAUACUUCAGAGCAAGAUAAAAAGCCAGUUUUAUCAACAGUUUAUUGUGAAAAUAAUGAAAAGGCUCUAGUAGCUGCUUCUGUGCCAUCCAAAAUGGAAUCCCUACAAUGUGAUAGCGAUAUCCUGAAAGGGAAAGACUUGCCAACCCCCCCACUUAAGGAUUUGUCACAAAUUAGGGAGGCAGUUCAAUCUCUUUCAACCUCAGGUGAGCCUCCGCAUUGUUUAUGCGAUCAGUCAUCUCAGACCCCUUCAACGCCAUCCGUCAGCACGGCUUCAUCACGUAGAACCCAGAGAUCUCACAGCAAAAAUUGGGCCGAUCAAAACCACUCCUUUGAUGAGCCACCAAAGCUUCACCACAUCACAACUGAAGCCGUGGAUCCACCGCAACUCGAUCAGCAGAGUCUGUGCCACCACAGCCAUGUGCCAUUAGCAGAGAGGUACCGCACUACGAUGAGGCACACCAGCUCAAGCAGCCUUCAGAAGAAGCGGGAAUACUGGAAACUGAUGAAAAGGCAGCAGAGAGCGAAGUUGAAGGCCAGGCAGAAGGAGCUUCUUUCCAGGAAUACCAAGAUUGAGGGACUUCAUAUUGACACUAAAUGCCUGAAUCCAUCAAAGCCAGCCGUCCAGCCCAGCCCGUCCGUGGCUACGGGGAGCGGCGUCCCUGAAGUCUUAGUCGUUACAACAUCUAGAGCUGAACUGCCACUCGAAGGACUCCAAAGUGAACACACCAUCAUCAUCAGCCAAGAGGGAAAUGGGAGCGACGGGCCUCCUCCACAUCUGCCUGCCUUUGAAGGGGAAGCCUCUUCCCUUCCUGCUCUGAAGCCCCCAGAUAACCCUCUAUCAACUAUCCACAUGAAACCCAUCGAAUGUCCGAGAAAAAACCAAAACCCCAUCCUCAGCCCGAUAAAAAUCCCUUGUGGCCAACCUCAGAGUCGCAUAGAUGGGGCGCAAUCUUCUGCAUCGUCAGCCACCUUGAUGCCUCCAAAACCCAUCCCUGGGGAGGCCCAGGAGGACUUUCUGAGGAGGAAGCGAGAGUACUGGAGGCUAAAAAAGAAAGAACAAAGAGCAAGGAAGGCCUCUCAGGGCAAGGGACGCACUCCAACCAGAGCCUCCGGCGACAGCAGGAGCGUCCUGCCUGCCCAGGAUCUACAAAGCUUCAUCAGAGCUACGCAGGAUCCAGACCAGUGGGCGAACUCCUCUGAACAUCCGAUGAGCGUCCCGGCGGAACCCGACCCAGAAUCCUUAAUGUUCCCGACCUACCCAGCUCCGGCGGAAGGUCAGGAUGACGUCUGGUUUGCCGACUAUGACGAGGAGGAGGAAACCCUGACGGAGGCGGCGUGGAGGAGCCGCUACCUCAUGGACUACGAUCCGCUCAACCAGCUGCUGGUGUGCAUGGUCUGUGGGGAGCUGCAGUACUCCCACGGCCCGGAGGCGGUGAGGGCCCACAUCGACGAGGCGCACCCUCUCACCCUGAGGCUGGAACCCAGAGAGAAGCAGAAAAUCCUGGAGGCCUGGGAUGAGCAGGUUUCCCAGCGGGAACGCUUCUUCAGCAGCCAGCUGCAGCAGCACUGUGGGCCGACAGAAGGAACCAACAGAAUCUGAUCCAGGAAGGAGAGAUUGCUGCAGCGUCAACUGGAAACCAACUCCUAAAAAAAAAAAAACAACAUUGAUUUUUAUUUAUUCUUUUUUUGGUUUUGUAGUAAUUUUUUCUUUUUAUACAAAGCAUAAAGAGAUUUCUUCCUGGAUCAGCAAUCCCAUCCUUCCCUAACAGGUUGACGUACCGGCAUGUUGGUCAGUUUAAACCCUCGGAUCCCUCGGCUGUAGAGAUUUUCCACGAGGAGGAAACUCCUUCCAGGUUUCCUGGUUGGAUCUUGCUUCCGUUAAAUUAUUUUUUUUCCAAGUCUGUGUUGCCUCGUGCUCCUUUCUAAAGCCCAUAAACUGUAUCCUGUUUUAAUAUUGCAGGCAGCUUUUUUUUCUUUUCUGUAUAUAAACAAAGGGAGCAGCAGUGAAAGGCCAAAUCCUUGUUUUUUUUUUCAUGCUAAUAUAUUUUUAAACCUAAUUUAUAACUCAUUAAAUCCUCUUUGUUGUAA